AUGCCGUCCGAUUGUUCCGUCGACGAUGCUGAGAAGGGCAUCGCAGAGGAGUGUUAUGCAGUUCCCCUUACUCUCCAGAGUUCACGACCAUCUAUAGUCAGUCAGGACUCCUGUAGUAAGGGUCCUCUGCCACAUCCGUGCUUACCUCUUCCCCCUCUACCUCACGCCAAGUUCGAAACGAUCGCUCUUACACUUCCGUCGAAAGAACUGUCGCCGAAUGAGCUGGCCCUCAUUCGCAGACAGACCAAAAAACGGGUUAGCAGUUGGGUCAAAUUCCGGUUGUGGUAUAAUACAUAUCGGCGCUUUUUCACCGUCGCUUUUUUGUUCAACUUCAUUUCGCUCAUUUGCGCUGCUACUCAUGCUUGGGAAUAUCCUCGUAACUACACGGGCGCCUGGAUCCUUGGGAAUCUCUUGUUUUCUGUUUUGUGGCCACCGCUGUGGUUCCGCCUUGGCAUCUCGUCGGCGUUACAACAUGUCGGCGGGAUUCAUUCUGGAUGCGCCAUUUCGGCCGUUAUGUGGUUGAUCUUCAAGUGCAGCUUGAUCUUCCAUGAGCGCCUCAGUCUCAACGGCGCCAUUCUCGCAUUUGGCGUUUUGACGAAUUUGGCGGUUGGUUUUGCCAUGCUGUCCGCUAUGCCCUGCGUGUUCGAGCGCCACCAUCGGUUCAUUGGAUGGACUGGCGUUGUAUUUCACUGGGUCUUCGUUUUCCUCGGUGAUGAUGACUAUGCAUUCGAACACCAAAGCACCUUCCAUCCAUCAUCAUACCGUGGCUACUGUUUCGUUAGAGUCCCAGUGGAAAUCAACUAUUGUGACGUUGGUGUCAGUUACUGA